AUGCCUAUCAUGUACCAAAUCCUUUCUUCUUUUGGUGAAGUGUUUGCAAGCACAGCUGCUGUGGAUUUUACACCGCAUGUGGUUACUGUUAAUACCGGAGAGGAUGUUGGCGGGAAGAUCUUGUCAUUUGCGCGGAAGAGUCCAAGAGCGAUAUGCAUUCUUUCUGCCAAUGGAGCUAUCUCUAAAGUCACACUACGUCAACUCGGUUCUUCCGGUGGUGGUAUUUUGACUUAUGAGGGUCGGUUUGAGAUCUUAUCUUUGUCUGGAUCAUAUACGGUCUCAGACACUAGCGGCAUAAGAACUCGCGAUGGUGGAUCGAGUGUCUCACUUGCUGGUCCUGACGGCCGAGUGAUCGGAGGUUCUGUUGCUGGUCUACUUACAGCUGCUGGUCCUAUCCAAAUUGUAGUUGGAAGUUUCACGCCAGAUGCUAACAAGACGCUUAAAAAGAAGUACCAACGGGAACACACGGUGUCGUCUCCAACUUCAACUGGUCCAGAAAUCAUGACAGCAGCAAGACCUAUCUCACAAGCAAAUGCUCAUGCUGAAAGCUUCAUGAUACCGAUUUUGUCUCAGUUACCCGAUCAUCAAAACCAGAGCUGUAAUCAAACCAAUGCUCCAUUUUUUCACUGCAGUAAAAAGGAUAGGUUUUUGAAAAUAUUAAGGAUUUUGUUUAAAAUUCCUAAGAUAUCAGUUAAUAAUUGUUUUAUGUUUUCAACUUAUCCCUCAUUGAAAAACCCAACAGCCAAGCGGUUGGGUUUAACUACUGGUAGUCCAACAGACUUUUUUUUAUUUUAG